UUUUCCUCUCAAAACAGAGAGAGAGAGAGAGAGAGAGAGAGAAAGAGAAAGAGAAAGAGAGAGAGAGUGAGAUAAGCUCUCUGGCUGAUCUUUUUUUUUUUUUGGUUUCUUCCCGAUCAGAUCGAAGAGUUUUUUUUAAUCUCGGAAUUCAAACCAAGCUUUCACACAAUUGUGGUUUGAUUCGUUGUAGAAGAAGAUCUAUCGAAUCCACGAAUUUGGUGGUUUCCGACGAUUCUUCCGGUCGAAUUCCGGUUCAAUUCUCGGUGAAAGCUGCACCGUAGACCGAUUUAGGUCAAAUCGAGAGCUGGAAUUUGACCAGAAUUCGAGUUGUUUUCACGGAGAAAAAGCAUAAUUCAGAGCCUUCUGAGCUCAAUUCCGCUUCUUUGACCAUCGGAGAAGACAACAUCUAUUGACUUAGCUGAUACAAGUCGCAGAUCUGAGCUAAUUCCGUCGAUUUUGCCAAGAAUUAUCCGAGACAGCUGCAUAAUUCUGAAAAUUCCCGCGCACAAAUUAUAAUAUUUUUUUUUUGUUUUUUGUUUUUUAAUUUUUUAAAAAUUCAAGAAUUGUCGAAGCUGCUGUUCCAUGGAGCUUCCUCAACCUCGUCCCUUCAAAACCGAAGGUAGAAAACCAACACAUGAUUUUUUAUCGCUCUGCAGUCAUUCAACCGUCCACCCAUCAGAUCCAAAGCCUACACCACCACCUUCCUCUCAAGGUAGUAACUUGAAAACCCAUGAUUUUCUUCAACCGUUAGAAUGUGUUGGUGGUAAAGAAGAGAUUAGUAGGAUUAACACUACCACUACAGCGUCCGAGAAGCCACCUCCCCCUGCACCUCCACCACCGCUUCAGCACGUACUUCCUGGUGGUAUAGGGACUUACACUAUAAGCCCAAUUCCUUAUUUUCAUCAUCAUCAUCAGAGAGUUCCUAAGCCGGAGUUGUCACCACCGAUGAUGUUCACUGCUGCUGCGCAAGCUAGUGGUGGUAAUGAAAGAAACAUUUUGGACGAGAAUUCAAACUCUAAUUGCAGCUCUUACGCUGCUGCAGCUAGCGGAUUCACUCUCUGGGAUGAAUCUGUUUCUGGGAAGAAGGGACAGACAAGGAAGGAGAAUAAUGUUGGGGAGAGAGCAAAUAUGAGAGCUGAUGUUGCAGCAACUGUGGGACAAUGGCCAGUGGUGGAACGACGGUCCCAGUCUUUGACUAAUAACCAUAUGAGCGGUUUCAGUUCUCGCUCUUCCUCUCAAGGAUCUGGGCUUAAGAGCCAAAGCUUCAUGGACAUGAUAAGGUCAGCAAAAGGAAGUUCACAGGAAGAUGAUCUAGAUGAUGAAGACGAUUUUCUUAUGAAGAAAGAAAGCUCCUCGACUAGCCAGAGCCAUAGAGUCGAUUUGAGGGUAAAAGCAGAUGUGAGAGGUUCUGGUAACGAUCAAAAGCUGAGCACACCUAGGUCUAAACAUUCUGCUACAGAGCAACGAAGAAGGAGUAAGAUCAAUGAUAGAUUUCAAAUGUUGAGACAACUAAUACCUAACAGUGACCAAAAGCGGGACAAGGCCUCCUUCCUACUAGAGGUUAUCGAGUAUAUUCAAUUCUUACAGGAGAAAGCAGACAAGUAUGAAACCUCUUACCAAGGAUGGAAUCACGAACCUGCAAAGCUAUUGAAUUGGCAGAGAAACAAUCAACAGCUGGUACCUGAAGGAACCGUUGCUUUUGCUCCAAAACUGGAAGAAGAGAAGAACAACAUUCCGGUUCCGGUACUUGCAACAGCUCAAGGCGUUGCUAUCGAUCAUCCAACAGCCGCAACGACCUUUCCAUUGUCGAUUCAAAGCAACAAUUUUUUCUCUCCUGUGAUUGCGGGUAACCCUGUACCUCAGUUCCACACAAGAGUCGCGUCAUCAGAAGCCGUAGAGCCAAUCCCGAGUUCUCGGAGUCAAACUCAGCCAUUGAAAGAAGAAGAAGAAGUAGAAGAUGAGGAAAUUCUUGAGGGUAACAUCAGUAUUUCAAGUGUUUACUCACAAGGUUUAGUGAAAACACUGAGAGAAGCAUUGGAGAAUUCAGGGGUGGACUUAACGAAAGCAAGCAUCUCCGUUGAAAUCGAGCUCGCUAAACAGUCUUCGUCUUCCUUCAAGGAUCAUGAAGCUCGUGGACCAGUUUCUCGAACCAGAAACGAGGACGUCAAGCAAACUCGGAAACCAAAACGGCUCAAGACGGGACAAUAGAAGUUCUAAACACAAAAAACCAAAACCAAACACACAAUCCGGUAAAAACACCAAAGUUGAUUCCUCUGUUUUUUUUCUUCUAAUAUUUUUUUUUAUAUCUCAAAAAAGGGAUUAUAGUUUAUUAUUUUUAGCUAUAUCUUGAUUGUUUCUUUUGUACAUUCGAAAAUCAUGUUUUUUUUUUAUCUCGUGGGUCCAUAAUCUUUUGAGACCUAAGAAGAAGACUAGUGCGACCCGGUUGUGCUAACCGCAUUUUAGAACAUAAUCUCAAAUAUUCUUUGGGGUUUUAUCCUUCUUUUGAGGAAUAUAUCAUUAUUAAGGGGAAGAAGGCUUCCAAUGUUUUCGAGAAGCUUCCUAUGUUAUGCGAAAUCAUUUGUUACCCUCUAUAUAUCAUCUUCACACACUCUUUUGGAUCUAUCUUGUUAUUACUUGUAUGCAAUACUAUUUUUUGUUUGUUACUAUUAAAGCUUACUGUAAUGGUAAAGAAAUCUCAUCA